GAAGUCCCUUAUCCAAUAUCUAUAGCUGUCUCUAAUCACUUAGAACAACUUACAGUCAUUCUGUUCCAAAAAUUUACAUAGAUUUAUGCAUUUGCAUCGAAAUCGUUUCAUUUUGGCCCUAAUACACCAGAUUUGCGCCCAGCGAGUCUUCCAUAGUGUAUGCCAUUAAUUCGACGAAAAUCUCUUCUUUCAAGAUAACCGUUAAUUAGGCAUUCUCUUCAUAUAUAUCUUCCCUCUGAGUCUAAAAAUAUCUUCCGCUGAGUUACAAUGAAUUUACUAAAGUUAACCAUACAGUCUGAAUUGGCUUCAUUCAUGUUCUCUACCGAGUCUUCAAAGUCUUCACCCGAGUCUUCAGUGUCUUCAUCCAAGUCGCCCAUCCAGUCUGUAUUAUCCUCAUACAUGUUUUCUACCAGGUCUUUAAUGUCUUCAUUUAAGUCUAACAUCCAGUCUGCAUUGUCUUCAUACAAAUAUUCCACUAAGACUGCAAUGUGUGCAUUUAAUUCUGACAUCAAGUCUGUAUUGUCUUCAGACAUGUCUUCCACUGUAUCUACAGUGUGUUCAGCCAAGUCUGCCGUCCGGUCUGCAUUGCUUUCAUACAGUUUUUCCACUGACUCUGCAAUGUCUUCAUUAAUGUCUGCCAUCUGGGCUGCAUUAUUUUUAUACAUGGCUGCCGCUGAGUUGGAAAUGUCUUCAUACAAGUGUGCCAUCAAGUCUGCAUUGUCUUCUCCACCUGAUUUUACAAUGUCUUCAACCGAGUCUGCCAUCGACUCUGCACUGUCUUCAUACAUGUUUCACAAGAACUAUGCCACCAUCCACUCUGCAUUAUUAUCCUACAUGUCUUCAUAUGAGUCUGCAAUGUCUUCAUACAAGUCUGACAUCGACUCUGCAUGUACUUCAUACAUGUCUUCCACUAAGUCUGCAUUGUCUUCAUUCGAGUCUGCAUUGUCCUCACACAUGUCUUCCUCCAAUAUCGCCACCAAGUCUGCAUGCGUUUCAUACAUGCUAUCCAAUGUGUCUACUAUAUCUUCAUUCAUUUCCUCAAUCGAGUCUGCAAUCUCUUCAUACGAGUCUGCUUUGGAGUCUGCAUUGUCUUCAUAUGUGUCUUCCACUAACUCUGCAAUGUCUCCAUCCAAGUCUGCCAUCGUGUCUGCAUUGUCUUCAUACAUUUCUUCCACUGAGUCUGCAUUGUCUCCAUCCACGUCUUUAACCGAGCUUGCAUUGUCUUCACUUAAGUCUUCAAUUGAGGCUGCAAUAUCCAUGUCUCCCAUAAAAAAUCCUGAAUUGUUGGAUUUUAUCAAGUCUGAAUUGCUUUCCUAUGUGUCUUCCACAGAUUUUACUGGGACCUUGAUCUCUAGUAUCGUGUCCUUCUUAGUAUGUCGCAUUGUGCCUGCCAUUGUGAAGUUGUUCCUUUCGUCUUUCAUCGGGUCUGUCGCCGUGGCCUGCAUCAUAUCUGUUAUUGUGGCGGCCAUCGUGACGGCCAUCGUGUGUAUUAUUUUUUCUAUGGACUUUUCUUCGACCAUCAAGGCCGUUAAAUCCGCCAUGCAGUCUUGUCUUAAGCACUUCAUUAAGCUUGUUUUGAAGUCCGUCAUUAAGGCAAUAAUAAUGAUUGCCCUGGUGUGUCUCUUGGUAUAUGGAAUCUUUUCUUUCAUCUUUAACUGUGUCAAAGAGAUGUUUGAGACAUAGAAAAAUACGCGUUGAUCUCGUCACUUAAUGAUACCUGCAGCUUUAUGUCAUAGUCAUUUUCCUGUCACCUUUCUUCUACAUUGGGGUUUUGGUCUCAUUGUCUUCUACAUUGGGGUUUUGGUCUCAUUGUCUUCUACAUUGGGGUUUUGGUCUCAUUGUCUU